AUGCCAAUCAACACGCGAGAAUUGCUGGAUGCUGUGGCCAUUCUUACCGACAAAAAUUCGAUGCGCGUUACGCUCAAAAGUAGCGCCAAAGGUGCAACCGUCGCUGGGUCGUCAACGUUUGUCGGCGGUUUGCUGGCAGGUCCGGUAGGGCUGUUGGUCGGUGGUGCGGUCGGUGGCCUGAUCGCCUACGCUAUGACAAGUAAUCAGUUCAAACCUGUAAGCCACAUCAUUCAACACGAUCUCUCGGUGCGGGAGCAGGAGCAGCUAAAGCAGCGGAUAGUCGACGCGUUGUCUGAAUUCAAUCCCACCGAUCUUAUGGUUAUUCUUCCCUUGUUGGCGGGCAAUGUUUCAGUACAGAAAAUGGUCCUUAGCACGGUAGUAACGUUUUUAACAAAUGAUAUGCGUAUGCAAAUCAUUGACUGA